CCUCAACACGGUCAAGUAACGGGUAUUGGAAAUGUAACUUCUCGUAUUCUCUGGACAUAUAAGACCCCCUAAUUUUUGAAGGACCUAGGUGCUAUCCUCCACUUUCAGCUUCACAUCAUUCGUAAAUAUAGCACUCAACAUGAGGUUCUCCACGGCCCUUUUCGGACUUUUGUCCGCCCUAUCGGUGGCUUUGGCGUCGCCAGUUGGCUUCGAAAAGCGUGCAACCGUAGAAGGCUUUGACAUCUCCCACUACCAAAGCUCAGUCGACUUCGCUGGAGCGUACAAUGCCGGGCUUCGUUUUGUAUUGAUCAAGGCCACGGAGGGCACUACAUACAAAGACCCUGCAUUCUCCUCGCAUUACAAUGGCGCGACUACAGCAGGCUUUAUCCGUGGCGGUUAUCAUUUUGCCAGACCUAGCUCAAGCAGCGGUGCAGUUCAAGCCUCUUUCUUUGCUAAGAACGGGGGCGGCUGGAGUAACGACGGUCGGACUCUUCCUGGUAUGCUCGACCUUGAGGGUGACUGCGCUGGCAAGUCUGCCUCAGCCAUGGUAUCCUGGAUACAGGACUUCGUGGAAACUUAUCUCAGUGAGACGGGUCGUCACUGCAUAAUAUAUACUAACCGCAGCUGGUGGCAAUCCUGCACGGGUGACUCCACGGCCUUUAGCAACACGAGUCCAUUGCAUCUGGCGAGCUGGAACAACUCACCAGGAACGAUUCCUGGAGGCUGGGGCUACCAGACCAUCUGGCAAUAUAAUGACCACUCUUCCUGGGGAGGCGACUCGGAUAGGUUUAAUGGCGAUGCGACACAGCUUCGAAAGCUUGCUAUGGGAUAGAAAAUGCUGGCUGGAAUAUGACUAUGUCAAGAAGAAGACCACUUCGUUCGCUAUGUAGAUCAGCUGAGAUGUGUAGAUUGCAUAGACUAACUUGCAAUACAUACAAUUGCAG